CAGCCUUUGGACAUGAACUUUACUCUGCUCGCCGACGACGUCUUGAUCUACACCAUCGCGUAUCUCUCCGUCCCCGAUAUUCUUCUCCUUCGCCAGACAUGUAAACUGUUCAAUGCACUGACAAGGCUGCCAAUCGUAUGGACCAACGCUCACAAGCUCGACAUUCUGUCCAAUGACUAUCCUUUCCCACUCGAUGACAGCGAUCUUGAACAGCGCACGCGGCAUGCAUACCGACUCGCAUCACGAUGGCUCGCAGACUCUGCUCUAUCACCCAAAAGCGAGACGACAUUCACUGGAUCGCCCGUAUCAGAGAUCAAAUUCGUCUCGGGGCGCCAGCAUAAGUGGCUUCUGACGGUUUCGAAAGUGAUAUGGUCUGUUCUGAUGGUCUGGGAUAUCGCGCGGGGGCAAAAGUGCUCGGAAUGGUCGCCAAAAGGCGCGAUAUUCACUGGAGUGAGCCUGAACGAUGAUGCAGAGUCUGAAGCCAGUUUGGCAGUGUCAUUUGCUUAUGUCUACAGAUCGCAGAAAAUCAUUCUUCUGCGGUUGGACGACGCUGGAACGCUACACGAAAUCGGCUCCAUCGACAUUGACCUCCGGCCCGUCAACCUCACGGGGGAUGUGUUAGCCCUUACAGACGACACCUCCGUCACGCUCAUCCACAAUUGGAAGACGGGCGAGCAAACAUACCUUGACACGCCACCUGACCACUGCAUCCAAAUCGUGCUCACCCCGCCCACUGUCCUCGUAGUGCGCGCCCGAUCCAUCGCUCUCUACGCCCUCCCAUCUUCGACGCCUCUCUCCACACACUCCUUUGGCUGGGUCGACGGCGCCAGCGCGACCACCACCUCCAUUCUUAUCCGCUCAGAGAACGAUAACCCCUGGGCCUCAGAGCUCAAUUCCCUCCAGCUCUACGCCCUCUCCUCCUUUCCACCGACGCUCAUCAGCAGGAUAUCCUCCAGACGUGGCGCGCUCCGAUGUCCGGAUAUCAUCCUCGGCAAGCGGGGUACCGCAGUUUGGAUACGCCCGCAUGAUCGCGCCUUGGUUUCUCACUGGGAGGAGCAGGAGAACAGUUGCGAGACCCUCAUGACUGCCGUCUUCCCCGGAUCGCUUAACCACACUGAGAAUGUCCGCGUUCGCGACGUCUGCAUGAACACCCUGAACAACUGGACAGCAUUGGAUUAUGACGAGGACCUUGGAAGGAUCGCGCUUGGAUCGGGGUUUGGGAAAAUUACGGUUGUUCAAUUGUAG